GGCUCCUGAGCCUUUUGAAUAUUAUGCAUUCUCUUGUCCCUCCCUUUUUAUUCCAGAUUGGUCAAGCUGGAGUAUUUUACAUCCCUGUUUCGCUCUCUUCUUGCCAUGCUUGUGGAUGGCAGUGAGGAGCUGGAGGGGGAGGGGAUCUUUGCCUUCCACAGAGAACGAUCCGCCUUGUUCCCUCUCCCAGAUCCCCCUGUACAAUCAAGUCUGUGGUUGAACCAAUAGGGUCACAGUAAUGGCCACACUGUUGGCACUUAAGAAAGGAGGUGUUGAAUGGCUUGAGCAAGGCUAUGUAUGUGCUCAGGAAGUGUGGAAAGCUCUUAGUGUGUACUGCUGGGUACAGAAUUACCCAGCCUGCCGAUCUUGAUUCCUCACAAGGACUUGAAAUUACUUGGGGGUUGCCUAGUGGAAUCUCAGAAACAAGAGGGGUGGCAAGAUGAGAGAGUUAAUAAGGGUGUGUUGUGGGGUUAGGGAUAAGAUCUGGGUUCAGAUCUCUUCCCUAAAACUCACUGGGUGACUUUGAGCCAGUGGUCAUCUCUAGGCUACUCACAAAAUCUUUUUGGGUGAGAGAAAAGACCAAAAAGGAAGGAUAAGAUGCCCCGUCACUGCUCUGCCACUGGCUGCUGCACCCGUGACACUCCUGAGACCCGCAACCGUGGCAUUUCCUUCCACCGACUGCCAAAGGACAACCCCCGGCGGGCCACAUGGCUGGAGAACUGUCGGCGGAAGGACAUGACCGGCCAAGGUCUCUGGGACCCCGCCUCCAAGUAUGUUUACUUUUGCUCCAAGCACUUUGAGAAGACUUGCUUUGAACUGGUGGGCACCAGCGGUUACCAUCGACUCAAGGAAGGUGCCGUCCCCACUAUAUUCGAGCUUCAUGCCAAGCCGCGGCGGAAAUUAAAGCUAGGCAGUUCCAGACAUGCAAGGCAUCAGCAGAAGCAGAGCUGCAGCCCUUGCCUAGAGGAGACAUCAACCCCAUUGUCCAUGGACAUCUCGUGCUUCCCUGCACAAGAGCUCCCGAGCCCCGUGGCAGCCCCCACCAGCGGGGAACCCCGAAGCCAGCCCCUCCUCCCCGGACCGGAGCCAGAAAGCCUGGCCCCGCUCUCAGACAUUCCCCCAGACCAGUCUCCAGUUGCCACAGGCCAGGAGGACGCCUCUCCCUCUCCAGCGCUCCCCGAACUUGUGGGGGAUCCCUCCCACCCCGUUUCCCUCUCCCUCUAUAUGCUACGUCUCCCUCCCCCAGCUGGGGCCUACAUCCAGAACGAGCACAGCUACCAGGUAGGCAGCGCCUUGCUGUGGAAGCGGCGAGCGGAGGCGGCCCUUGACGCUUUGGGCAAAGCCCAGCGGCAGCUGCAGGCCUGCCGGCGCCGGGAGCAGCGACUCCGCCUGCGUAUCUGUGAGCUGCAGCGGGAACGGCGACCGCACAGUGCCGACGCCCACCGGCGGCUGAAGGAACACCUGCAGGUCUUUGAACUGCAGCUACUCAACGACCUGGAGUGACUCUGGAUGGGGGGGUGGGGGGUGGCUAGUCCUCCUCUCUCCCCCCCCACAAGCUGCCUCGGGGGGGGGGGGGCUACACGACAGCCUCCCUUAGCCGAACGGUGUAUUGAGCGACUCUUGAGGCACUCCUAACUGUCCCGCUACCUGGCACUUGCCCUCCUCUUCCCCUUCCCCACUUCUGUUUACUCGGUGUCUGUAAAUAAACAUUGUUUUGUAUAA